AUGGAGAGGAGGGCGCACGCGAUGCUGUUCCCGUUCCCGUGCUCGGGCCACAUCAACCCCACGCUGAAGCUGGCGGAGCUGCUGCACUCGCGCGGGGUCUACGUCACCUUCGUCAACACGGAGCACAACCACGAGCGGCUACGGCGGCGGACGGGGACGGCGGCGGCGGCGGCAGAGGGCGGCGGGCUGCGGGGGCGGGAGGGGUUCCGGUUCGAGGCGGUUCCCGACGGGCUGUCGGAGGAGGACCGCGUCGCGCCCGACAGGACCGUCAGGCUGUACCUGUCGCUGCGGAGGAGCUGCGGCCCGCCGCUGGUGGAGCUGGCGCGGCGGCUCGGGGAUCGCGACGGCGGCGUGCCGCCCGUCACCUGCGUCGUCCUCAGCGGCCUCGUCAGCUUCGCGCUGGCGGCCGCGGAGGAGCUCGGCGUGCCGGCGUUCGUGCUCUGGGGCACCAGCGCGUGCGGCUUCGUUGGCACGCUCCGGCUACGGGAGCUCCGGCAGCGGGGCUACACGCCGCUCAAAGACGAGAGCUACCUGACGAACGGGUACCUGGACACGCCCAUCGACUGGAUCGCCGGGAUGCCGCCGGUGCGGCUCGGCGACAUCUCCAGCUUCGUGCGGACGCUGGACCCGCAAUGCUUCGGGCUGCGCGUGGAGGAAGACGAGGCGAACAGCUGCGCCAGGUCCCGGGGUCUCAUCCUCAACACGUUCGAGGACCUCGAGUCGGACGUCCUCGACGCGCUCAGGGACGAGUUCCCGCGGGUGUACACCAUCGGUCCCCUGGCCGCCGCCAUGCACCGCACGCAGCAGGUGCAGCAGUGCCACGGCCACGGCAACGCGGGGCUGAGCCUGUGGGAGGAGGACUCCAAGUGCAUGGCGUGGCUGGACGCCCAGGCGGACGGGUCGGUCCUGUACGUCAGCUUCGGCUCCCUGGCCGUGCUGUCACUGGAGCAGCUAUCGGAGCUCGCCUGGGGCCUCGCGGCCAGCAACCGGCCGUUCCUCUGGGCGGUGCGCCCGGGCCUCGUGGUCGGCGACCGCGGCGCCGACGCGCUGCCGGAGGACUUCCUCGCCGAGACCAGGGGCCGAUGCUUCAUCGCCGAGUGGUGCGCGCAGGAGCAGGUCCUCCGGCACCGCGCCGUGGGCGGGUUCCUGACGCACAGCGGCUGGAACUCCACGACGGAGAGCAUCUGGUCGGGCGUGCCGAUGCUCUGCUGGCCCGGGUUUGCCGACCAGUACAUCAACUGCCGGUACGCGUGCGAAGAGUGGGGCAUCGGGCUGCGCCUGGAAGAGACGCUGCGGCGGGAGCAGGUCACGGCCCACGUCGAGGAGCUGAUGGGCGGCGACACCGACAGGGCCAGGGAAAUGCGGCGCUGCGCCGCCGAGUGGAAGGCCAAGGCUGAGGCCGCCACGGCGCCCGGUGGGUCGUCCUACGAGAGCCUCGACAGGCUGGUGGAGGAGCUGCGGCUCGGGGAGGCGGCGGACGCCGAGGCCGAGCUCGCCACGGCCGCGCCGCCGCAGGGCCGGUGA